AAUGGUUUCACGCUCUCCCGUGUUUGGCGAUGAUGGAGCCGAAGCAAGGUGCGGAGAAUCGAACGAUCUUUCAGGAAGAUGGCAUUUGCAAGAAGGCGGAAGGGGACAUGUGGGCGAGACAAGGCAAGUUUGACAAGGCCAUCAUGUGCUAUAACAAAGCUUGCUUUGUUAAUCCCGACGACUGCACAUUGUACUCUGCCCGGGGCAACGCGUACACUAAACUGUGUGACUUCAAGUCUGCCAUUUCCAACUACAAGAAACUUCUGUCCAUGCAGAGCAAUCCCCCGCAAGCCAUCAAAGAAGAGAUCGCCGAAGUGUUCAAUGCGCAAGGGUAUUCGUACUUGAUUGAGAAGGAGUACACGACCGCGAUUGUGUACCUCACGGACGCCGUAGCAUUGGACGCUCUGCAGGCCAACUACUGGUUGCAUCGAUGCUUGGCGUAUAUUGGGCUCGAGAAUUGGACCAAGGCCCUUAAGGACAUUGAUCACGCCAUUUGCAUUGACGCAAACGACGCCGACAUCCUCGUGUUGCGGGCGAAAUUGAACUGGAAACUCAAAUUGAUCGACAAGGGCAACAACGACAUUGCCCGGGCCUUCAAACUCAACCCAAACCACCCCGAGGUGUUGGACUUUGAAAAGAAAAUGUGGUACCAGUCGCAGCACUUGCACGAUUUAGCAUGCCGGCACAUCAUGAACCGCGAGUUCGCCAAGAGCUUGGAUUGUUUGAAUUCGUGCAUUGAAUUCAACGCGGACGACGUUAAAAUCCUCGUCCUCCGGGCGUCGGUGCACCGGGAACUGGGCGACUACGACGCCGCUAUGGCCGACGUCGAGCGCGCGUCGCAGGCGUGUUUCCGAAAGCAACGACAAAGCGAUCAUCCCCACACGAGUGAUCCAGACGAGCUGGACGAACACGUGCAGGAGUUAUUCGACUCGCAAAGCAGUGCAUUUGGGCCGCCGAUUUCUCACAUUGGCGAGCAUCCGGAAAUCACCCGCCAGCGGAAUUUGAUUUUGAACGGUAUCCUUAUAUCAUCCCUGCAUCCUGAAUCCAUAUCGAGGAUACGUACGACUGGAAUAGAUAUCGCCGUGGCUGAGAUCCAAAGAGGCCAUUUCGACGCCGCCCUCAAUGCCAUGAACAUGGCGAUUGCGUCCGAGGUCGCGACCGCAUCUCGCUUUGACGGCCGGGCGAUCGACUAUCGUUUUUACGUCAACCGCGGCGACUGCUACCGCGCCUUGUCCAAGAACCAAGCGGCGUUGGCAGACUACAACAGUGCGUUGGAGGUACAGCCGAUGGACGCGGACAUUCAUACGCGGGUGGCCGUGAUUCGCUACCAUUUCGGCCUUGAGCAGUUUAAUCGCGGCGCAUUUGACAAGGCCGAAGUCGAGUUUAGCCUUGCCCUGCGACACAACGCAAGUGUUUACCACUAUUACGUGCGACGCGGCGACUGCUACCGAUACCUGGAAGUAUGUACUUAUCCAGAGAAGAGAAGAGGUUCAGUUUAACCUUUACAAUGGUAGCAAAAUGACUUGGCAUUUCAAGAUUACAAGCAAGCCCAACUACUAAACCCCGUCGACCCUGAUGUCAAGGCCAAACUUCGGCAGUACCAACCCAACGUCCCGUCCACGUGGCACACCCCCCCAACGCCAACCAUUCAAUCAUCAUCAUCGAAUAUGCCGCCGACUAGUGUCCGCGCAAGAGUGUAUCUAGACAAGAGCUUGAAGAAAGCAGAGCGAGCAAGGCGGGCGGCGGCGCACGCGCAGAAAGCGUACACAGCGCUGCAACAAGGACUGCCAGACUUGACUUCUCCAACGAGGAGGCGGUUCCCAGGGUGAUCGGCAACAACAGUCCAUAUACCACGAAUACUGAUCGAAGUACAC